AUGAGUACUCCACCACCGACCACCAAGAGCGAUACCCGCGAUGAACCUCCCAUCGAGAACUCGACACCUCCCUCGGACCAUGACGUUUUCUAUGCCGAUAUGAGGAGUCGUAACCCCAGUCCAGAGGGCCCGCGACCACCCUUGCCUCCGCGACCGAACACCUUGAGCCUUUUGAACGAUGAAGCGUCGAAUCUACAGUCAGAGGCGACCACGGCUAUCUCCAGGGCAGAGAUUGGUACACAUUUACCAGACGGGGGAGGAAGUGCCUAUUCAACACUGGCUGUCCGAGGUUUCUCGCGUGGCUUAAAGGCAAGGGCGAGUCUCAGCCACUUGGCUAGUCCAAAAGGAAGUGAGGCUGGAGACUCGGCCAGUAUUCGAAGCUCAGUCCAAAACAGCGAGGCCGGUGAUGUGGAGGCGCUUUUCAAAGACUUCGUUGCAACAACAGCUACGGACAAUCUUGAUACUGCAAGCUUACUUCACUACCCCGAAUUCCCAGCCGACGAUGUGGAUGACGACGGGUUUUUGAAUGAGUUUGAGCCGGUGGGCGAACUGGAUGAAGACGCGAGUAACGAAGACUCACUUCUCCAACGGUGGAAAGCAAAGAAGAAACACUUCAUGAUUCUUUCUGCUGCCGGUAAGCCGAUUUGGACCCGACAUGGUGAUGGGACCUUGAUCUCGAGCUAUGUGGGAGUCGUUCAAACUAUCAUAUCAUUCUACGAAGGUUCAGACGAUCGAUUACGAGGUUUCAUGGCCGGAGACACGAAAUUUGUUGUUGUGACUCGAGGUUCAUUACAUCUCGUUGCGAUUAGUCGCAUGAUGGAAAGCGACAAUCAACUCAGACUACAACUGGAGGCUCUGUAUAUGCAAAUUCUUUCAACAUUAACUCUGCCGUCUCUUACUCAUAUCUUCUCUGUUCGACCAUCUACCGAUUUGAAACGGCCAUUACAGGGGUCGGAGACACUUCUAUCAUCGCUGGCCGAUAGCUUCACACGCGGAUCACCGUCUACACUACUGUCUGCCUUGGAGUGUCUGAAGCUUCGAAAGGUGCAUCGCCAGGCUAUUAAUAAUGCGUUGUUGAAGACCAGAGCGACCAAUUUACUAUAUGGAUUGGUCGUUGCUGGUGGACGUCUCGUGAGUGUCGUCCGGCCAAAGAAGCACUCACUACAUCCGGGUGAUCUACAACUUCUCUUCAACAUGAUAUUUGAAGCCGAUGGCGUCAAAGCGGGUGGUGGAGAGAGCUGGAUUCCAGUUUGUCUGCCCGGCUUCAACAGUAGCGGGUAUCUAUAUAUGUACGUCAGUUUCCUAGAUCUUCGCAAUGACGCCGAAGAAAAUGAGGAAAUUUCUAAGGAUGAAUCGCAAAUGGAGAAAAUUGGUAGUCUGGAAGUAAUUACAUCGGCUAUUGACCAUGGCAGACCGGUGACCACCGACAUUGUGCCCGGAACCGUAUUACAUCAUUUCAUGUACAAGUCCCGGGCAAAUGUUCAAUUUACUGUAUCAUCUUUCUCGCCUGAAUUCGACUCCAUCUCCCGCCGGCGAAGAUUGAUGUCAAUAUACAACAAUAUACAUGCUAGCAUUCACGCCAAAAACACUCAUGUCAAGGUUCACCACUCCGUUUCACGAUCAGCAAGCGCAUUCGCGUGGGUGACCCCUGUAUUUGAGCUUUAUUGCAUCGCUGAGCCCAAUGCCAAUCGAAAUUCCUUGGUGCAGAGUGCCAAUAAGAUAGUACAAUGGGUACAGCAAGAAGAAGAAAGACUAUUCAUCAUUGGCGGCGCUGUUUUCUGA